AUGUUCGUUUUCUAUCAAAUUUCUUUUUCAUCGUUUUCCAUUCUUCUUUUAUUUCUGUUUUCUUUGCAUCUUUUUCUGGCUUGUUCCGUUUAUCAAUCCCUUCUAUAUCUUCUUCUUCUUUCUUCCUUCUUUCCUUCUACUCUUUCUUUUCUUACGUCUUUCUCUUUUCUUUUAUCCACCUUUCCUUAUAUGCUUUGUUUUGUCCUCUUUUCUUUCGUUUCUUCUUUCUUUUUUAUUCUCCUUCCUACCUUUACUUUCUUUUUCUUUCUCUCUUUUAUCUUCAUUCUAUCUCUCUUUUUUUUCUUAUUAUUCAUUUUCCAUUCGACUUCUGUUUUAUUCUUGUCUAUUUAUUUCGUAAUUUGCUUUGGCGAUUCUUUUUUCUUUUUAAUUGCCUUUCACUUUCUUCUUCCCUUUUUCCUAUUCCUGCCGCUGUUCUUUGUUUCAAUCUUUCCGUCUACACCUCCUCCUCCUCCUCGUCCUCCUCCUCCUCCUCUUCGUCCCCCUCCUCCUCUUCCCUUGUCACAACAUUCAUUCCUUUGUGUUUCUAUUUCUUCUCCUCAUACCACUGCACCUCCCUCGCUUACAACUCUUAAUUAUCCUCCUCCUCCUCCUAUAUUAUUUCACUUAAUCGUAUUCUUUUUACAGUAUUUUCUCUGUUCCUCCCACAACAUGAAUCUUUACUUAUUUUCUAUCCAUUUGUUUUUUUUUUACUUGAAAUUUUAUGCGUAUUUUUUCAUUUUUUUUCUGAUAUUUAUAACUUCACUAUUUUCUUCCUUUCUUCUUCUUCUUCUUCUUCUUCUUCUUCUUCGUCUUUUUUUCUUUCUUUCUUUCUUUCUUUUUCUUCUUUUCCUUCUUUUAUCUCCCCCCACCAACUAUUGA